AUGAAGACCUUCACGUCCGUUGUCUCAAUCGCAUUGAGCGCAAGCACAGUCUUCGCCUCAGCACCCAGCACAAGCGGAACUCAAUGGACCAAGACCCUUCUCCUCGACGACUUCACCGGCGGGUCAGGCGCUGCUCCAAACAGCAAUAACUGGAUCUUACAGACAGGAACUCAGUACACCGGCGGUCCAGCACAAUGGGGCACGGGCGAAAUCGAAACAUACACCACGUCCGGCAACAACAUCCGACAAGCAGGUAACGGAGACCUCUGGAUCAUCCCUCAGAAGUCUUCCUCGGGAGCUUGGACUUCUGCUCGCAUGGAAUCCAAGCUUAACAACUUUGCUGCUCCUGCUGGGGGCAAGAUGAGGGUAGAAGCAUCCAUCAUGAUGCCCAACGUCACCGCUGCCAACGGAGCCGGAUAUUGGCCUGCAUUCUGGAUGUUGGGCGGUCAGUUCAGGAGCAACUAUACCAACUGGCCAGCCGUGGGUGAGGUGGACAUCAUGGAGGCAGUCAACGGCGGAAACACGCAAUCCAACACCGUUCUCCACUGCGUAAGUCAAGAAAGUUGAAGAACUUCCAUCAUCUCCAAAUCACAAGUCACUGACAGAGUCAUUCAUCCAGGACGUCAAUCCCGGCGGCAAAUGCGACGAAACCACCGGUCUCAGCGUCCAGGCAACAUGCCAAGGUAGCACUUGCUCCGGCAACUUCCACAUCUACGAAGUCGUCAUCGACCGCACCACCUCGCCCGAAUCUGUAAAAUACUGGCUGGACCGUCAACUCGUGCACACCAUCACCGCGACGGAUCUAGGCGCUACAGUAUGGAAUCAGACUUUCCAUCAAGGCUUCUAUCUGAUUCUGAACGUCGCGAUGGGCGGUGGAUAUCCCAAUGCGGUGGCGGGGACGACCACACCGACGAGUGCUACUGUUGGGGGAUACCAGAUGGCGGUUGACUAUGUCGCGGUCUGGACGACGGGGUGA